GAGGUCUACAAGGUAGUUUUGGACAAACAAAUCUCAAGCAAUGGCUUCUCAGUCUCGUGUGCUGCCUGUCUUGGUGGUUGCGGCCUGCUGUGCGGCCCUGCUGCGCAGCUUCUUGGCCCCCAGCACAGACACCUUUGUGGCACCUCAGCAGAGUGUGCACUUGGGCUGCAAGGCCUUGUCCAAAGGCGCACUGGCAGCAGGCGAUGUGCCAGCCAUCGUGAACACUGUGCCCGCUCGUCCCGGAGUGCCAGCCCACUUCAAGGUGACCCUUGAGACCCCUGAUGGUACGCAGUCCUUCGAGUGCCCUGAGGACGUGUACAUCCUGGAUCAGGCUGAGGAGGAAGGCUUGGAAUUGCCCUACUCCUGCCGUGCUGGAUCUUGCUCCAGCUGCGCUGGCAAGGUGCUUGAGGGCAGCAUUGACCAGAGCGACCAGGCGUUCUUGGAUGACGACCAGAUGGGCGAGGGAUUCUGCCUCACCUGCGUCACCUAUGCCACCUCUGAUGUGACCAUCAAGACCCACUGUGAGGAUGAGCUUUGAAGUGGCAGUUCGAUUAUGACAGUCUCACCACACGAGUUUUCCUCUGGGUUUCUUCACCAUGGAUUUCUGGCCUAACGCCAAGAGCCAGGAGUACAGUCUGACAAAAUGACCACUAUGCAGUGUGAAUCUCUUGCCGGCAUUUUCAA